AUGGCAGAUACAGGUUCGCAUCCAUCCAUCUUAGUAGCUGUUCGCAUUCAUCGCAACAAUCAACACACUCAAUCUGAUUCUAUUGACCUUGUCAAGCUUUGUAAGCUUGUUACUCAAUCCAAACCCUAUGCAACGCAAAUCGCUAUAGCAUACCCACAAUCGGAUACUUUGCUUCAUGAUGCACUUGUUGGAACCUUUCAUCCUACUGCAGUGGAACCAGAUGACAAAAGGGUUGUGCUGGUUCCUGUGGUCAAAUGGGGAAGGUUUAUCCCAGCCUUGAAUGCUCUACUUCUCGAAGCCGUGAACGGAGGAUUCAAGUAUAUUCUGUACCAAAGUGUCGAAGCAGUCGUAUCCGCCAAUGAAAUCCAUACAAUGAUCUCUUGGUUUGAUCAAGAUACGCUGGUUGUUGGAAAGGCACUUUCCGGACAUGCAUUUACUGUAGGCAAGCAACGAUUAAAUGGAGUUACAACACCAUGGAACACAUUGGCUUUGUGGGCGGUAUCCAAGCUAAAAUGUCUUGGAUUUCUCAUGGUAGCAGAAGGCUCUGAAGAUGUCCAAGGCGGAGUAGAAGAAGUUUCUGCGAUUGCGGUAUUUCAGAAACUGGUUUCUCCCAAUCAUGCAAAAGCAAUUCUUUUACGUAUGUCUGAAGAUCCAUCUCAAGAUUGGGAUACUCAAUGGACUGAUCAAGGCAGACAAGCAUGGCAUGAUAAAAAGCUGACAGUAAUACGGCCUGUUGUGUGGGUAGUUGAAUAG